GCAGCGCAGAGCUACACGCCCACUGUCUGUUACACAAACUUAUAUCAUGAUUUCAAGAUCACUCCGGUCAUAGAAGGCUGUACAAACCUCUCGCUUCUUCACAUCGAGCAGCUCCACGACUCUACAGUUCAGGAUGUGGAUUCCUAUGCUGAGCCUUACUGCCCUCCCUCACGUUGGUGGGAUAUUUGGAGGUAUAAUCACACGGCGGGAGGUGAAGACAUGGUACACCACGCUUAAUAAACCCUCAUGGAGACCACCUAAUGCUGCCUUCCCAGUGGUGUGGACCACCCUUUACACUGGCAUGGGGUACGGUUCAUACCUUGUGUGGAAAGAGCUUGGAGGCUUCACACAGGAUGCAAUGGUGCCAUUGGGACUUUAUGGGCUGCAGUUGGCACUUAACUGGGCCUGGACCCCCAUCUUCUUCGGUGCACACAAAAUUCAGCUGGCACUGAUAGAGCUAUUGUUGUUGAGCGGCACAGUGGCAGCCACAAUGGUGUCCUGGUAUCCCAUCAGCCGCACUGCAACACUUCUGAUGGUGCCAUACAUGGCUUGGCUGUGUGUCGCCACCAGCCUCAACUACUGUGUUUGGAGAGACAACCCAGAGCCCAAGAAAGAAGACUGAAGAGCCCAACACUAAUCCAGCUAACACAACUGAGAAGAAUAAAUGCACUCAUGAUUGUUUUGUUACUUGUUUUGUCACUUGCAAGGCAAUUCACCGGAUGUCUUAAGUAGAAGAGGUGAGGCAAUAAAAUAAUGUUCUAAUGCUUCCAUUAAUUAUUUUAUAACAUACUCCACCACUCAAGUUUAGAUCAGCUUAUGUGCACUUCAAAUCAAAUGUUUGCUUCCAUACACAUUGUUCUUUGAUAAUGAUUUUGUAAACUUUAUUUCUUGGAAAUAAAUUUGUUUAAAGCACACUGCAUGUAGUUUCUAUCUCAAACAUUAAGUUCUGGUCACGAAGCUUUGUGGCUGUAUGAGGGUGGUGGUCAGGCAGAGGAGGCUUUUAUCAUCUAUCUUUUGUAAACAUGCUUCAUCACAGAUUAGGCCAUGUUAUCAAUAUUAGCCAGAAAAUCCCCCAAUGUGCACUCAGAAUGUUAUUUCACAUUGCCAAGUAACCCCAUUAAUAAAGAACUGCACUUCAACUGUCA